AUGUUUCCCAAUACUGGUGAAUUGAAGAAAGUGAUGGCUCCUAAAUCUGAUCACAGUCCAAUUGUCUUGUUUACUGACGUUGAUUGUAAGUCACGGGCUCUAUGGGUGGUGGAGGGGAAGCAUAGAUGUAAGCUGGUGGUGGUGGAGACUUUGUUGGUGGUGGGGGACUCACGUAGAAAUAAGGAGGUGGGGGAGACGGAGAUGGUGGUGGAGGAGAUUUGUAGUAGUAGGGAUGAGGAUCGGGAGAUGGUGGAGGAGGACUCUUGUAGUAAUAAGGAGGGGGUGGAGAAGGUGAUGGAGGUGGAGGUGACUUGUAGUAAUAGGGUGGUGGUGGUGGUGGUGAUGGAGAUGGUGGUGGUGGUGACUGGUAAUAGUAAGGAGGUGGCGGUGAUGGAUCCGGUGGUGGAGGUGAUUUGUAAUAGUAGGGAGGUGGUGGUGAUGGAGAUGGUGGAGUAG